CCUGCCAAGACUCGACCUUGACCCACGCAGCCAAAGGUCACCUUUUCUUUUUAUGACCAAAGACACACUAGACGUAUGUCAUAAUCAUAUUUCACUAUAGAAAUACAGUAUAUAGAUCUACCUACGUCAAUAAAGGAACAAUAAACCAACACCCCAUUGGUGGUCUUUAAAGGGGCGGGGCUUCUGCCCCCAUGUCAGCUAAGCUAAGCUAACCAUCAUCAAGGUUUUAUUUAGAGAACAUGGUCAGAUAGCCUCUAUCGUCUAUGGAAUCCAUAUUGAGCCUGCUAACUGAUGUAGGAACGUCUCGUAGAUCAGCAGGACAAACACAUCUAGAGACACUUUCCAUCUGGCUGAGGAAUACUGCAAUAUUUGUUUAAUAUUUAUAUUUCAAUGACAUUUGCACUUUUGCAAUUUCUCCCAAAUAUGAAGGUUUUCUAUUGUAGUUCUAUUUGUAGUUCUAUUUGUAGAACUACAAAUGUCCAGCCAAAUAUUGAAGGGAGGAUUGGAUGGGAAUACCAGACGCUGUAGGAAUAGUCCAGUCCUUCAUAGGCAGGAUCUCACUCUUAUGAAAUGAACUUUUAGUCCAGAGGCCUUAGGGAACUUCUCAAUAUUUCUAUCUCCUAUCUGAUGUUCUAUCUUAUAUGUCAACUGGCUGAUGGACAACUAUCUAGCUAGUACAGAUCCUUUAGCAACAUCAGCAUUUUACUGUAGAGUCUACAAAGCACUUCAGGGGCUGCAAUAAUCAAUAAACAACAAUAAACCCUAAACAAUAAGUCAAGAACUACGAACUGGUCUGGAACCCAAGACGCGGUGGCAGGAAAUGGACCAAAAGAGUCCAGCCAGACGGUAAAAGUACCAAUAUGGAAUGGCCUUUAUUGUCAUUGUACAAGAUGUACAACGAGGUUGGACAACAUCCAGUGGUUGCUAGGCUAAAACAACACUAGCCAGAACACGGUAACAAAACCGCUGCAUCAAAGGAUCAAAAGGCAUGCAGGAAAAACACAAGUACAGGAACUUGUACUUCACCUCAGGUGACCUCAGGUGACCUCAGGUGUGUGUAGCAGUGGGCGCCUGCUGCUGGUCAGGAUGCGCUGCAAAGAAAGAGCAGCAGGUGGCAGCAGAGCGACAACACAAUAAUCAAUAAAGAAUAAUCAAUAAAGAAUAAUCAAUAAAGAAUAAUGAAUAAAGAAUAAUCAAUAAAGAAUAAUCAAUAAAGAAUAAUGAAUAAAGAAUAAUCAAUAAAGAAUAAUCAAUAAAGAAUAAUCAAUAAAGAAUAAUCAAUAAAGAAUAAUCAAUAAAGAAUAAUAAAGGUGUUGUCCCUUUGUUGAUCCUAAAUCUGGGUGAUGUCCUGUUUAUGUCCCUGUACGGUCAUGUGAUGGCAUUGGUAAAGUGGUGUUCUAUCAUGUACAAAUAAGACAAAGGAGGUUCGAGUCCCGUAGAUGGAAAGUCAGGUUAUAUAAUAAUAAUAAUAAUAAUAAUAAUAAUAAUAAUAAUAAUAGCCCCCCCCUUUAAAUCCUAUUGGGUGUCAGAGAUCAUAAAGAUGAUGAUGAUGAUCUCACGUGUACUUGUGCAGUACAGUUGUGUAGUACUGUGUAGAUGAGAGAGAGGAAGCGGUGCUGACGUGGGUUGUGGUAAAGAGGAAGUGACAGCAGCGACGGCAGGAAGAAGAACAGGAAGUUGGACGGCAAACGUCAGCAGACACCAACAUGGACGACCACAUCAGGAAAGAAGGACAACUUUACCUUCAACAACAACAUACCUUUGGAAAGAAGUGGAGGAGCAUGUGGUGCGUGUUGUACGGAGAGAGUGUGUGUUCCAUAUCUCGACUAGAGCUGUACGAGAGUAAAGAUGGCGGAGGCGUAGAGAAGAAGCAAAGAAGCGGACGCAAGCAUCAGGACCACAAGAAGGUGAUCCGCCUGUCCGACUGCAUCCGAGUGAGCGAGACGGACGCGGACGCGUGUCCCAGAGACACGGCGUCUUUCCUGGUGGAGACCACGGACAAGACGUACGUCUUUGCAGCCCGCAGACAACAUGUGGACGAGUGGACGCUCCAGCUGUGUCAGACCGCCUUCCCCGGGAGCUGGGCGGAGCCUAGCAGGAGGCGUGGCAGCCUACAGAAAAGAAGCGAAGAAGAAGGGAUGGAGGACAACAUGUUGUAUAGCAGCCGCACAGACACAUCUCUUGGCUGUGUGUGUGUGUGUGUGUGUGUGUGUGUGCGUGUGUGCGUGUGUGUGUGUGUGUGUGUGCAUGCGUGUGUAGUGAGGGACUUCCAGGUGUGUGUAAGGAGGACAGACGCAGCAGAGCGCUGCAGCCUAAAGGGGGACGGCGUCCUGCGGGCCAGCAAGGAGGCGCUCCACCUGCUGGACAGUCGUGCAGUCGUCGUGCUGUCGUGGCCGUACAGAUUUCUACGACGCUUCGGGCGGGACAAGAACACGUUCUCCUUUGAGGCGGGACGUAGGUGUGAGUCAGGGGAGGGGAGUUUUGAGUUCGACACCAAAGAGGGCAACUUCCUGUUCCAGGCCGUGGAGGCCGCCAUCAGCCUGCAGCGUGUCCGUCAUUCGUGUGGAGGCGGGCCGAUGCAUCUGGACCUCCCUCGGACCCCCGGCCCACCCCUUUUACCCAGCGGCACACCGCGGCCCCAGUCUCCUGCCUGCAGUGAUGACCCACAAUCCUUUGCGGCUCAGGCGGACGAGGGUCUGGACCAGACCAUGAUGGGGGUUGACAAGAUGACCUUGGACACUGACGGUGGUCUCGUCCCUAAAAGAGUCCGUGUGACACCCGGCAGUCCCGUGACCCUCGCUGUGCCCCCUGGGCCCUGUCCCUCAGGGCUGUGGUCCCUGGAGCAGACAUACUCACAGGUCUCCUUUCCCAACAAGUGGACCAAGACAAGGGGUGCGCCGGCAUGCGCAGCGCGCCUCAUCAAACAGGAUGGCGAGUAUUCUCUCCCGUUCCACGGCGCCUCCAAGAAGGUUAGGGCAGACAUUUUGAUCUCCCAAAAGGCUGGUGGUGCUGAGAGGCUCUACGAGCAUGUGGGACGUCCAGCCAUGGAAGGCCAGGUUCCUCAGGUCCACGCCGUGACCACGGUCUACGGGAACGAAGAUCACAUUUACGACGAGCCGGAAAGCUGUGCAGCCCCGCCCUCUGAGUAUGACCACCCCGAGGAGAUGAAAGGAGACGCCUGGAGGGGGAUGGCUGCCGUCGCAGGUGACCACGAGGGUCACGGCUACGCCGUCCCCAAACCAAGCGAGAGGUCACUCCCCGCCUCCCGGCAGGAAAUGGCAGAGGAGGACAGGAAGAUGUGAUGAGCAGAAGGACAUCAUAUCAAACAUGGAAUCUUUUUCAAAUUAAAAGAAAGUUUAUUUUGAAAGACGUCUUGUAGAUCCUAGACGUGGGACAGGUGGAUCCUGCUAACGGUUUUAUUUGAUGAAGCCUAGCUGGUCUUCCUGCUUCCCUGCACCUGCGGCAGGCGGGCGUACGUGCUGGUCCAGUAGGUGACGUAGUCGCGUCUCAGGUCGUAGCUGCAGAGACGGGUGGCGUGUUAGCGUCCAAUGGCGGGGAAAGGACGUCUUUCAAGUACCUGACUGAGGACUUGCUCAUCCGGUGGUUGAUGGUCAGGAAGGGCCGGUGAGUUGUGGUGAAAGGGGGCCACUGGACCGGGACUUUACUGUCUCCCAGGUUGGGGUUCCUGGACACCAAGGAACAAGGACACAGGUGGGUCAGAACGGGGUGGAAGCUCAAGUGGGAACGGUGGGAGCGUACCCCGUCUUGGCAAAGUUGGUCCAGUAUGCCAUCAUGUAGCGGGACAGGUCUCUGUGUCUGGGGAAGUAGACCAGGGGGGUGGAGAAAGGUUUCCCAAACAAGUACUGCAGGUCCUCACUAUGCUCCGCCUCCACCCAGCCAGGGAAUCCUGGUAUACGAGUCUUCAUGUUGAACAGGUAGGAGAAGG